AUGGCCGCCUCCACCGUGUCCAUCUGCUCCAGCAACCUCAGCUACGGCAGCAACAUCUGCAUGCCCGCUUCCCACGACUCCUGGCAGGUGGACGACUGCCCAGAGAGCUGCUGCGAGCCACCCUGCUGUGCCCCCAGCUGCUGCGCCCCGUCCUCCUGUGUGACCCUCUGCUGCAAGCCCGUGUGCUGCAAGCCUGUCUGCUGUGUGCCUGUCUGCUCCUCCUCCUGCUGCCAGCAAUCUAGCUGCCAGCCCUCAUGCUGUGGCUCCUCCCCCUGCCAGGAGUCCAGCUGUGUGACCCUCUGCUGCAAGCCCGUGUGCUGCAAGCCUGUCUGCUGUGUGCCAGUCUGCUCUGAGAGCUCCUCCUGCUGCCAGCAGUCUAGCUGCCAGCCCUCAUGCUGUGGCUGCUCCCCAUGCCAGGAGUCCAGCUGUGUGACCCUCUGCUGCAAGCCUGUCUGCUGUGUGCCCCUCUGCCCAGCACCCUCGUGCUGCCAGCCCAGCUGCUGCCCCUCAUCCUGCUGCAGACCCUCCUCCAGCGUGUCCCUGCUCUGCCGCCCUGUGUGCAGACCCGCCUGCUGCGUGCCCGCCUCCUCCUGCUGUGCCCCCACCUCCUGCUGCCAGCCCAACUGUGGCCCCUCAGCCUGCUGCAGACCCUCCUCUAGCGUGUCCCUGCUCUGCCGGCCUGCCUGCCCCCGCCUGGCCUGCUGUGGCCUCUCCUCGGGCCAGUCCUGCUGCUGA